CUAAACCAACAGGGUAAUAAAACCACUUAAUCAUCUAUGAACAGCAGCAGCAUCAUUGCGCCUCUGAUUCUUCCCUUCUCUUGGACCGCUCCUCGCUUCACCGAAUGCUUACUGUAAAUCAUUCAAUUCUCAUUUGCGCUGCAAAAAUCUCCAUGAAAGUAUUAGCGAGCAUUCCGAGUUCCUGCGUAAUCGCUUGUCUUCGCGCCAAAAGAUGGACUGUUUGUAGCAGAUUUCGAUUGAUUAUUUAUUAUCGUCGUUUAGUCACUUCUUUUUGGUUUUGGUUUAGUGCAGAGGUAGCAAUUGAAGCUGCGAUUAUAGGCGGAAUCGAACUUGUAUGGUAUUGCCUUUCAAUUUUUAGCUGGAAAUCACAAUGUCAACUCCAGGUGUUUUCGAGGUUUUGCAAUGUUUGAUCCAAGAAUAUCCUUGGGCAUCAUUAGGGGUUGGAACUGUUUUAGAUAGAGCAGAUGCCAAAGAGGCGUUCAAGAUUGGAGCUAAGUUUCUAAUGAGUCCUGUAAUGGUGAAGGAAAUUCUAGAUGAUGUUGCGGAGUUUCAAGCACUGUACAUCCCUGGAGCAAUGACUCCAACUGAAAUAUUAUUUGCAUCAAAAGCUGGUGCUAGAAUCGUCAAGGUUUACCCUGUCUCUGCAUUAGGCGGCGCUUGUUAUAUUGCAGCAGUAAAGAAGCCAUUUCCCCAUAUCUUGAUGGUUGCAUCACAGGGCAUAACACUAGAUUCAGUGGGAGAAUAUAUUGCUCAGGGAGCAUCUUUAGUUGUUUUAUCUGAUUCUAUAUUCGAGAAGAAGGCAAUGAACGAACAAAAUUUUGAUCGUGUGUAUCAACUUGCUCGCCGUGAAGCAUUUCAUGGCCAUGAGGCUACAAGAUUCUCAUUGUCGUGAACGCGAAUUUAAAGAAGUAGAUUGGGUUUACCUCAAGCUUAAGCCUUAUCGCCAACUUUCACUUCACUCCAAGGAUGUCUGGAAGUUAAGCCCCAAGUAUGCUGGUCCGUUCAAGAUUUUAGCUCGUGUUGGUGUUGUUGCCUAUCGCUUGGAGUUGCCCACAUCUUCUCGCAUCCAUCCAGUUUUCCAUGUUUCUCUUCUGAAGAAACAUGUUGGUCCACUGUCUACUGUCACCGCCUCCUUGCCUUCUUUUGAUGAUGAUGGGAAGAUUAUGUUGCAACCAGUAAAAAUUUUGGUCCGUCGCCUUGUCAAGCGAGGAUCUUCGCCGGCAACCCAACUCUUGGUUCAAUGGGCUCACCUUCCUGAGGAAGAGGCCACAUGGGAGUUCUUUGAGGAUUUCAACACACGCUUCCCUGGUGUUGCGACUUGAGGACAAGUCAUGUUUGAAGGGGGAGGUAUUGUCACGAAGAAAUGAAGAAGGAGAAGAAGGCAAAUAUUAAUAAAAGCGUUAACUUGUAAAAGCGUAAAAGCGCUUCUUCCUAAUUUUGCAAUUUAGGAUUAUAUAAAUACCUGUAUAGAACCAAUUUUGGGGAUAACAAAAAAUCUAACCGAAUUACCUGUCUUCUUCUUCCCAAUCUCUCUGAUCUCUCGCGCGCUCACGUCAGAGACGUGACAUAUACCAGCUAUAUUAUUUUAGAGGUUGACCGCAAUAUAACAGUAGUCGAGAUCGACAAC